AGUUGGUGCCUCGUGGCAAACAGGAAAACAAAGCUCCAUUCCUCGUACGAGCAGAGAGAGACAGCUACUUCCCACAGUACGAGAAAGCUCCGGCGAAUACCACGUUGCCUUCUAUCCGUUCACCUCACUCAUACCUGUCAUCCUCCUGUCCUCUGUCCAAGCGCAUAUUUUUUUCCCGACAAAACAAAAAAAAAAAACCAACAACAAAAUUCAAUAUACAAAAAGAGGGCAAAAAUAAAAAAUAUUCGGAAAAAUCGGCGAACGGAGACGUCGGGAGGGAAAUCGCCACGGGAGCAGAGAGCUUUUCCCUCUCGGACGGACUUGUAAUCACUACCCAACCUCUUCAUACAACUCUUUGGGUUUGGAGGCAACGGGUUCCGACUCGAGCCUCGUCGCCGAUCCACACCCACUUUCCGAUUUCUAGCCAAACUGAUCGCUUUCAUGGCGUUUCAAAUGCAUUGAACAGAAAAUCCCCUGAAAAUGUUGAAAUUUUAAACCCAAACCCUUCGCCGUUCCCCACUUUUCGGGCGGCAGAGCUUCGGAUUCGGUUCUCUCCUCCUCCCCGUCGAAAACCCAGAAAAGAAAAAUUCAAACCGGCAAAAAGUUGGAUGCGACGGGCAUUGUGUUUUCCGAGCCGGGGCGUUGAGGGUUGGGGUGCUUGUUUGAGCGGCGGAUCGUACGGUGGCUGGUGGGUCAGAAUCAGAUGCAUUGAGGUGGAGGGAUUGUAGGGAGGGAGGGGCCAUGAGAAACAACGACAUGGCCAGAACGCAGCACGAAAGAAUGCACGCAAAUGCUCUGCCUCAGCAUUCUGACUCCGACCGUCGGAUUAUUGACGCCCCUGGCCCGUCCCUGCUGCUUUAUCAAGUUUGGAAAGGAAACAAUAAAUUUUGCUUUAAUGGAAGAAUUAUAUUGGGUCCAGAUUCGAGGUCAUUAUUCCUUACUGUGUCCCUAAUUGUGGUUCCAGUGAUCCUGUUUUGCGCUUUUCUUUCGCAAGGACUAAUUCAUCAACUCCCGCUCUACACUGGCAUUCUUAUUGUGGCUUUAUGUCCUGUAUUAGCAGUAUAUGUUGUGAUUCUUCUCUUGAUUACAUCUGCAAGAGAUCCUGGCAUUAUUCCUCGUAGCUUGCAUCCUCCAGAACCAGAAGAUGACGGCUACGUUUCUAGUAUCUCUUCUGAUUGGCCAGGAAGUCAGAAUGGACCUCCAGGCAUACCACCCACAAAAGAAGUUAUCAUUAAUGGCGUGAUAGUUAAAACCAAAUAUUGUCAAACAUGCAUGCUAUAUCGCCCACCCCGAUGCUCUCACUGCUCUAUAUGCAACAACUGCGUUGAGCGUUUUGAUCACCAUUGCCCAUGGGUGGGGCAAUGUAUUGGCAAAAGGAAUUACAGAUUCUUUUUCAUGUUUGUGUCCUCCACGACCGUUCUGUGUCUCUAUGUCUUUGCGUUCUGCUGGGUAAACAUCAUGCAGAUAAUGGAUUAUUACCAUUGCAGUCUCUGGAGAGCUUUAUCAAAGUCACCUGUUUCAGGAGUUCUAAUUCUCUAUACAUUUGGAGUUGCUUGGUUUGUUGGAGGUCUCACAGGAUUCCAUCUCUAUUUAAUCCUCACUAAUCAGACAACAUAUGAAAACUUUCGGUAUCGGUACAAUCUGAAGAUGAACCCUUACAAUCGUGGGUGUUUUAGCAAUAUUACGGAAGUCUUCUUCUCUGAAAUUCCAAGAUCUAAACAUAACUUCAGGGAAGUGGUCAAGGGCGACACUUCUUCUGUCUACACCACUUCAAUGCCAUCAGGCCAUCCCAUGAGCCCAGAGAUGCCCAAAGCAAGUUCUGACAUAGAAAUGGGAAAACGAAAAGCUGUUGCUGCUGAAGAUCUGGAGGAUAUACAAACUCAGAUUGAUAGUGUUGGUGGAUUGCAGCGGUGUGAGAUCCAGCCAAGACGUACAAAAUGGGAUCACAAAGCCAACUGGGGGAGCUCACCUGAUAUACAAAUGUUGGCUGCGGAGUUUGGAAUGGAACAUGGUUCAACAGGCAGACAGAAAAUUGAAGGGAGUACUAAUCUGAAGAGCUAAAUGAUUGGUUAGAAAUUGAUGUUCUAGUCUUACAGCCAAGAUAACAGCUGCUAACCUGGAGGAUCGUAAUUGGUUACCGACAUAGUGCUGAACUCCCCUGUUGGAAGGACGCCAUCACAAUCCAGUUCUCCAUGGUAGGAAUAAGAGCUCUGAUUCAGAUAAGUAGGAAGAGGAGCUUGCAUAGAAUCAAACUGCCUUUAUGGAUACUUUGGGUCAAGUGUAGUGUUAUAACGUUUUCAGCGAAACUAAGGUCCGCAUCUACUCUAUACAUUAUUCUUUAUCAAAUAACGGAAAAGCCUGUAGAUUGUGGUUAGAGGUCCGGUGGUGGAUUUGGUUCAUGCGAGGGUUCAAGAUUCAUAGACAUUUAUGUGAGUUGUUUUCCCUUUUUAAGUUGGAAAGAACUGAAACUAAUUGUUCUCCCAGAAAUUAGACAUGUGUAAACAUUCUCCUGUGAAACUUUGUGUAAUAUAUAGAUUGGUGAUGCACAAAAUCGGAUUGACUUUAGAACAA